CCCCGGCUCCUAGGGAGGCGGCGAGGCGGGUGUGUUUCCGCCUCCAGCUGACCGUUGGCCCCUCAGUCGGCGCCCUCGGAGGGCUUUCCACAGCUCGCCUCCCCGUCCCUCCUCCCCGGCUCCCGUCCCAUUACCCCCGCGCGGAGCCGGGGAGGGGGAGGAGCCCUCUUGCGUGACGCCCCCUGGGCCUCCGAGGCGGCCCGCCCCGAGGGGCUGAGGAGGGGGCGGGGCCGCGGACAUCGGACUCCGGUCCUCAGUCCGCCUCCCGCCGAGCCUGCGCCCGCUGCCAGCGCCGGCCGCGAGCGAGCCAUGACGGCGCUCGGGGGUCUCAGGCCCGAGGUGCAGGACACCUGCACCUCGCUGGUGCUGAUGCUGUCGCUCGUGCUGUCCAUGGGGGUGGGCCGGGUGGUCACCCGGCAGCAGCUGCACAGGCCCAUGGCCCACGCCUUCGUCCUGGAGUUUCUGGCCACCUUCCAGCUCUGCUGCUGCACUCAUGAACUGCAACUACUGAGCGAGCAGGAACCUAUGCACCCAACCUGGCCGCUGAUGCUGGUCUACUUCUUCUCGUUGGUGCAUGGCUUGACUCUGGUGGGCACCUCCAGUAACCCGUGCGGCAUAAUGAUGCAGUUGAUGCUCGGGGGGAUGUCCCCUGAGAUGGGUGCGGUGAGGCUGUUGGCUCAGCUGAUUGGCGCCCUGAGCAGCAGGUACUGCAUAGGCAUCCUGUGGAGCCUGGGGCUGACCAAGUACCACGACAGCCAGAGGACCUUCGCUUGCAGGAGUCCCAUCCAGGUCGACUUGCACAAAGCAGUCAUCGUAGAGACCAUGUGCUCCUUCAUCUUCCACAGCGCUCUGUUGCACUUCCAGGAGGUCAGAACCAAGCUUCGAAUCCACCUGCUGGCAGCACUCAUCACCUUUUUGGUCUAUGCAGGAGGAAGUCUAACAGGAGCUGUAUUUAAUCCAAUUUUGGCACUUUCACUACAUUUCAAGUGUUUUGAUGAAGCAUUCAUUCACUUUUUUAUUGUAUACUGGCUGGCUCCUUCUUUAGGUAUAUUGUUGAUGAUUUUGAUGUUUAGCUUUUUCCUUCCAUGGCUGUAUAACCACCAGACAAUUAAUAAAAAGGAAUAACCAUUCUGAAAGACUCCGACUUAGUUACAGGACAGUCAAGUUGGAUGUGAUAAAGAUUCUAUCACUUCAUAUUCAACAAAUGACUACACUGGAUUCAUCAAUGUUAACUGUCCUUUGAGGAAGCUGCUUUAUAUUUUCAUCACUGGGACUUUAAAAAAUUACUGUGAAAAUGAGGUAUCCUGUGUUUCUCAGUUAAGAUGUUUCACAAAUGUAUUAAAUGCUGCUAGAGAAGACUCACUACAUUAAAUAUAAAUCUCAAGUGGCAAUUGUUAAUUUUUGGGGGGGAAAUAAACGGGCACAAAAUAGAAAGAAGGUGAUGGUUAGGACUCCCAGUCAUUCCCAAAAAAGUGUUUAUCAGGAGCAACCUGAAUGAACAGGAUUUUUAGCCAAAGUAAAACCAGCUACACUUUCAGAACUAAACAGGAUUCUUUUCAGCUGCUACCUCAUUCAGUGAUAGUAUCAGUAGGGUCAUCUUUCAAUAGGAAAGUUGCUUUUGGAAGUAGAUUAUACAUCCCUCAUUCUCAAGGGUGUUUUCUGAAUUUUAAAUGUGUUCUAAAUUAUUUUCUCUAAACAGACUAUUUUAUUAGCUAUAGGCAAGUUGCUUUUCCUUAAUAGAUUAUAAUAAACAAACACCCUUAACAAAAUAAAGAUGUAAGCUGCUCACAUUCUCAUUUGAUCCUAACACCUACCUG